UGGGUGGAACUGUAAGUGUUGAUAGGAAUAAGAAAAUUGCUAGGAAGUCGGAUUAUUUGGAUCAUUUGGACCUAGAUCGCACUUACACUCUCGAAGAGUUUGAAAUUAUAAAACGAUCAGCUCAAAAAUCUCAUUUCAAACUUGAUAAAUCUGGCGAUCGUUCUUAUGUCGCAAACACCAAUUUUCAAGGAAAUUGCUGUAUCGAAAAGCGUAGGACAACUCCCUCCGUAAUUGGAACAUCCAGACUGGACAGAACGAUAGCAUGUCUUCCUCGCAGGUGGUUUUAUACUCGAAACAAGCGAGAUUCAAGCUCCAAAUGUUGCCUUAACGCUAAAAAUAUUUAUCGAAAUCUGACUCAAGAGCAAGGCUCCUCCGUUCGAGGUCAAAAUGCUUGA